AUAACAAAUCAACUUUUAUUCUGUUUCGAUACAUCAGAAAAACAGAAUUAAAUCAUGUUCGAAGCCAUAGAACAAAGUUGCAUUUUGGCUUGUUUUGGUAUAUUCUGUACAAUUCUUUUUGUCUCAACGUUAAUAUGCAAGUUUGUCAACGUGUUAAGGGUGCAUCUUUUUUCUCUAUGCACUUCGGAUUUGAAGGAAUUCGGACCGUGGGCCGUGGUGACGGGAGGAAGUUCGGGAAUAGGAAGAGGCUACGCUAACGAACUGGCCAAACGAGGUUUACACAUUGUAAUCGUAAGCAGCGGACUGCAGGCUCUGAAGGCUGCCGCCGAAGAAAUUACAAGUCAAUACGGAGUAGAAUGUCGCUACAUUCAGGCCGAUCUCAGCCACGAUAAUGCCUACGAACACGUGUUCAGCAGCCUGAAGGAAACGGAUGUUCGCAUUUUAGUCAACUGUGCCGGUGUUGCGGGCGACUUUCCUUGUCGUAUGUUAAACGAGAGCGACAGGAAUGUGAAUUUAAUGUUAGCACUACACAUCAAUGCGGUGGUUCACACGACACGAUUGUUUUUACCUUCGAUGUUAGCCAGAAAAAGGGCCGCCAUCGUUACUGUUUCGUCAUCGACCUCCGUAGUGCCUUGUCAAUUUUCAAGCGUGUAUUCGGCAAGUAAAGCGUUUUCCGAUCGUUUCACUCGAGCAUUGUCUUACGAAUAUAAAUGGAAAAAUGUGAGUUUUCAAUCUCUUAUUCCUUUUGCGAUUCGGACUAGAAUGGUUGAGGAACACAGUAGAAAUUUUGAAUAUUUCGAAUUGAUUAAAAAUAUGUCCCUCGAUAGAGAUAAAUUCGUCAAAAAUGCUGUAAGAACAAUAAAUAUUACGAAUUAUACAAGCGGUAAUUGGUUUUGUGACGCCGUUUGGUAUGCUGCCUUUAACAUUCUCAAUAUUUACUUCCACUUUAUAGUUGCAUCUUUGCAUAAAAAGUUGUUAUAAAAUAUAAAUAUAAUAAUUAAACACAUUAUACGUAAUCAAUUUUUAUAGAACAUUUUAUCAUUUAAAUUUUAAUCGUGGUCGAAACUUUGAUAGUUUAUAGUGUAUAAAGCUAGAAUUUAUGAUAAUACUCAAUAGAUUUUCUUAAUUGCUGCCAAAAACACACAAAAUAUUAGAAUUUUAUAAUAUAAUCGAGUAGGGUUGAUGAUGAUAAUGAUGAUUAUGAUA